GGGAAACUCAGUCCUGCCCUGCCCUGCCCUGCCCUGGCGGCACAUGGCAGCAGAGCGCUCGGCUGCUCCGCAGGUUAACUAGGGCCGGGCUCCGGCCGGCGCACCCAGGCUCUCUCGGUCCGCCGGGUUGCCGCAGGGAUUAAAAUGCAGCUGGCUGCCUGCUUCUUUUUGGGCUGCGGUAUCUUCCUAGCUUCAGGAUACAACUCCUUCAGUAAGAGUAUGGAGACGAUAGGCAAGAAGCAGUACCAGGUUCAGCAUGGGUCGUGCAGCUACACCUUCCUCCUGCCCGAGACGGACAAUUGCCGGUCCUCCACUCCGUACGUGUCCAACGCGGUGCAGAGGGAUGCGCCGCUGGACUAUGAUGAUUCAGUUCAAAGACUGCAGCUACUUGAGAACAUCAUGGAAAACAACACUCAGUGGCUAAUGAAGCUUGAGAAUUACAUCCAAGACAGUAUGAAGAAAGAAAUGGUAGAGAUCCAGCAAACUGCAGUGCAGAACCAGACUGCAGUAAUGAUUGAAAUAGGCACAAACUUACUAAAUCAAACAGCUGAACAGACCCGCAAAUUAACAGAUGUUGAAGCACAAGUAUUAAACCAGACAACCAGACUUGAACUUCAGCUUUUGGAACACUCUCUUUCAACAAACAAACUUGAAAGACAGAUUUCAGAUCAGACCAAUGAGAUAACAAAAUUACAAGAAAAAAACAGCUUUCUAGAAAAAAGAGUUCUUGAGAUGGAAGACAAGCACACACUUCAGCUGAAGUCAAUAAAAGAUGAAAAAGAUCAGCUUCAAGUCCUAGUAUCCAGACAGAAUUCUAUUAUAGAAGAACUAGAAAAACAGUUAGUUACAGCUACAGUAAACAACUCAGUUCUGCAAAAACAACAACAUGAUCUGAUGGAGACUGUUCAUAACUUGCUUACUAUGAUAUCUACACCAAACUCUAAAAACAACUUCAUAGCUAAAGAGGAGCAAAUCAGCUUCAAGGAUUGUGCUGAAGCUUUCAAAUCUGGACUGACAACAAAUGGAAUCUACACUUUAACAGUUUCAAACACGGCACAAGAAAAGAAGGCCUACUGUGACAUGGAAACUGGUGGAGGAGGUUGGACAGUUAUUCAGAGACGUGAAGAUGGCAGUGUGGACUUUCACCGGACAUGGAAAGAGUACAAGAUGGGAUUUGGUGAUCCUGCUGGGGAAUACUGGCUGGGGAAUGAGUUCGUUUCUCAAUUGACUAAUCAGAAGCGUUAUGUUCUUAAAAUACACCUGAAAGACUGGGAAGGAAAUGAGGCGUAUUCAUUGUAUGACCACUUCUCUCUAGCAAGUGAAGAACUAAAAUACAGGAUUUACCUUAAAGGACUUACUGGGACAGCGGGCAAAAUAAGCAGUAUAAGCCAACCAGGAAAUGAUUUUAGCACAAAGGAUGCAGACAAUGACAAAUGUAUUUGCAAAUGUUCACAAAUGUUAACAGGAGGAUGGUGGUUUGAUGCUUGUGGUCCUUCUAACCUCAAUGGAAUGUAUUAUCCAUUACGACAGAACAACAACAAGUUUAAUGGGAUCAAGUGGUACUACUGGAAGGGUUCGGGAUACUCUCUCAAAGCUACAACUAUGAUGAUACGACCAGCAGAUUUCUAAAUGUUUUUGAAUUAUGUGAAUUGUAUAGUCUUCAAAGACUUAAUUUGCCAAGCAUAUAAACACACAUCUGCAACUUGUCUCAUUUUUCAAGCCCAGAAAACAUGCACUAGUCCUCUGAAAGGGGUCAGUUCAGUAUAACUCCUGAAUUCCAAUAGCCUUGAUUAGCUAAAGCUCAUAUUAUUUAACCAGACACAAAGUCUAAAGCAUCAACUUGAUAUAACAGUGAUUUGGCUGAAUGACUGAAUAAAAAGAACAUCCAAGAAACUGGCAGACAAGGACUCUGUUUUACCAAUCAUUUAUGCUAUGUAUGUGUUAGUAAGUAACUGGAACUGUGAAAAAAACCCUAAAAUAGUUUUAGAAAUAUGCGUUUUGCCUCACCACUGUACUUUAAACAUUAAUAUAAAACACAUAGCUAGAUCUAGAACUAUUUAUCUUUAUCUUUCUGUGUCAUGUUCGCCCUUUAUGUAUAUAAAAAAAUACUUUCCUGUAAUUAGCUCAAUACUGUAGUCAGAGAAUACAUUCUUUCCCUCCAUAAUCUCCUAAACAAUUCUUACAUUUAUUUGGGGAUUUUUUCCAAUAGCCUAUAUUAUGUUAUUUAACAGAGGAAAAAUAGCAUUUGAAUAGUUUGCAUUUAUUCUUGGGGAAAUACCAUGUACAAAACCCACCAUUUCUUUCAGUUUUUACUAUUACAGUAACUAUCUUUAAAUUACAAAAAUCUCUAUAAAUUACAAUAUAGUAUGUAUUUCUUUAUAUUUUUAUGAAGAUUGUACCUUUUUUCUUCCCUUGUCAUUUACCUGUAAAAUAAUUGAUCAGUAUUCUACAAACUGAGACAACGGCAUUAACACCAGAUGUCCAGUUGUCUAUGACAAUCAUUUAUCACCUGGUGCUGUAGUAUAUCUAUGUGUUUUGUAAAAAUAACUUAUCUGAAAAACAUAUGCAUGUUCUUUGAUACAAUUAAAAUUAUGCUUAUGAUACAAAUUACUAUAUUUUAAAAACAGGAAACAAAAAUCUGAAAGUAAUCUAAAAGGUGACACUGUUGUUUUUUUUCAGUAAGGUUAGGAAUUCUCCCUAAAAAUUCUGUGUAGGUAGGCCCUUAAUGUAUGCCACAAUGUGAAUAAAUUACUUUACUAGGUGAUCCUUGCUUUUUUUCCUCCUUCUCAUUUUGUUACUAUAUGCCUUAAAAUUGCGUACUAAACACUACAGUUCAGACUGAGAAGAUAUUUCUUCAUAAAUCACACAAAAUAAUUUUAUGGAGAUUUUUCCCAAAAUUAAGUUUAGCUUUUACUUCUCAUG